CAACAAGACUCUCACUUCCCAAACUCUACCCCAAGCCUCCCAACUCCUCUUUGACCAAAGACCAGUCAAAAUAUUGAACACACCCAAACCAAAAAACACUGUUUUCAGUCAAUCUCCCCAAAAUUCUAGUCUUCAAUCUCCUCUCCCUACUUAAAUAAUCCCCCAUCCUAGAAACCGCAAAGGAAACAUGAGUGGAUUCUUCCGCCAUUAGUGAACUCAGCAUAACCCAUUUCUAGAUCCCCUCUCCUCCCCUGUUCCCUGUUCCAUUACUGAAAAUGGAGAGCAGCUUUGUUAGCUGUGACUUACACAUGCUUAUCAAUGUUCUAAACCAAGGCAACGAGCAUAUGGGAGAGCUUCAGGCCCAACUGGACCAACCCUUCGCUGCUGAAACCUGCAAACUGUUAGCAGCAAAGGCCAAGUCUGCAGUAUCAGCAGCCAUCUCCAUGGCCAGGCUGCUUGAGCCAGCCAGCCAGGCACCGAAUAGCUUCGACUCUCUGUUGUCAGCAAGCGAUAGUCCGAAGAGUGAUGGGUCUGACAAGGCUUUCAAGGAGCUGGAGCGCAGGGAGAUGUGCAAAAAGAGGAAGACUUUGCCGCGUUGGAGCAGCCAGGUUCGAGCUUGCUCGAGUUCAUCCAUGGAUGGGCCUCUUGAUGACGGCUAUAGCUGGAGGAAGUAUGGCCAGAAAGACAUACUUGGAGCUAAGUUUCCCAGAAGCUACUAUCGGUGCACAUAUCGGCACACCCAUGGCUGCCUCGCCACAAAACAAGUUCAGCGCUCCGACGACGACAUCACCGUCUUCGAUGUAACAUACCGCGGGGCUCACACCUGCAAUCAAUGCCAGCAUAGAAACCCAACUCCAUCCCCCAAAGAAGAGAAGCUUGAAACUCAUCAACAGCAAGAAAUGCUACUUCUGGAGCAUUUGAAGACAGGCCUCAGAGUAAAAACUGAAAUCUUCAACUCCGACGACCAGCUCCCAGAUUCCUCUCCUUCCUUCUUCUCCUUCCCCUCCACACCUGCAAAUGAUAUGAAGCCGCACAAUAACCUCUUCUCUUCAGCUUCCAUGCCGGAGAAUCUGUUCAUGGGGAACUACUCGCCAACGUUCGUGUCCAGCACUGCUUCAGCUGAGUCGAAUUACUUCUCUCUGUCUCCCUGUGGCGUGAAUAAGUAUGGAAGUGGGUUUAACAUACAAGGAUUUGAUAGUGAAAUAGCAGGGAUAAUCUCUGCAGCUACUUCGACAACGAAUUCUCCCAUGGUUGGGAUGGAUUUUCAGCUGGACCAGAUUGAGUUUGAGACUGAUUUUCCUUUUGGUCUCUCCUGAAUGAGAAAAAAUAUAAUUUUUAUGAUAUUUGGUGCCGCACUUCUGCUAAGCGGUAUAGCUGAUGAGGUCGACUAAAUUUUGUUGCUUUAUUGCUUUGUUGUGAGGACAUGUAAAGAAUAGGUAGUAAGUGAAUUGAAUUAAUGACGAUUUUCCCUGCUUUAGGGAGGUUAUGAAAGCAAAACUGCGCUGUGUUUGUUUCGUUUGAAGCAGAUUUAAUAAUUAGAAUAAAAAAAUGCGAUAUUUU